GACCCCAGCUUGGCCCGUUUAACUGCAUGGUCACACAUUCUCUCUUUCUAGGUUCAGCCUCCCUUCUGUCCUCCUUGGGUCUCCAAGAACUUGACCCUGGAUCUCAGAUUAAACUGAGCCCUUGGCUUGUUUUCUGACCUUCUCAGUGGUAAGGAGAAUGCCCGGGGAGCAGCCUCUGUCCUGCUGACUGGCUCUCCAGGAUGACUCUGGGAUGCUCUUAAGCCUCUUCUGGCCAAGUGGCCUCCACCUGGAGGCCUUACUAAGUGCUUCCCCCCUCAGGCCUCAAGCCGCCCGCCAGCUCCCCUUACUGCCCACCAUCUCUCGGUCUCCACCCUGGCCUCCAACCCAAUCCCCAUUCCAGCUGUCCCCUCCACCGGUGAUGGCAGAGACACAGGGUAAAUCCAAGGGAGAGGUCAUCUGGGUCAACCCCCAGGUGUUCAGUCCAAGACCUCUGUCCUCUUUCCCAGGUUCCCCGGUGGCCCUGGACAUGGACGUGCUGGGCCUGCCAGACAUAGCUCAAGGUCCCAGCAAGACUCUCUGGGUUGCCCGGGGCCGGGGCCCAGCCGUGCGAAGGCAGAGGGAGUUCAUGCCGGAGGAGAAGAAGGACACUGUCUACUGGGAGAAGCGGCGGAAGAACAACGAGGCGGCCAAGAGGUCCCGGGAGAAGCGGCGUCUCAACGACGUGGCGGUGGAGAGCAGGCUGGCGGCGCUGCUGGAGGAGAACGCGCUGCUGCGGGCCGAGCUGCGGGCGCUCAGGCUGCGCUUCGGCCUCCUGCCUCCAGCGGGGGGACCCCGGACGGCGCCGCUGCAGGCCCUGCUGUGGGAGUCUCCCUGGACGGCCCACCCUGCAGCGGAACCACUCCCGUGCCUGGCUGGCUCCCAGGGCGGCCUCCGGGGGCCGUAUUCCCUGGAUGCUGGGAUCCCAGGGUGCCAGGGCUGCCUGAUGGCCCAGGGGUGGGCCGGCCUGGCCUCCUCUUCCAGGUUCUCCCCGGACUCUGCUUCCCUGGCCCCCGAGAACAUUGACGUGGCCUUGCAGGCUGCCCUCCCCGCUGCCCUCUUCCGGUGUCACCUCUUGGAGGGGCAGGUGGGGUCCAGACCAGAGCUCAAGUCUUGCUGGGGACUGUGGUCACCCGUGUCCCCUGGAUGCCGGGCCCCAGGGCCGUCAGAUUUGUUGCUGACACCCUCUGCAGACCCCACGGGGCUUUCUGCCACCGUGACCUGCCCGGUCCCAGGGAACGGUCCCCAGGGUCUGGCUCAGCCCUCGCUGCCCCACAAAGUGCGCAUCAAAUCCCAGGCCUUGGGCGGGCUGCUCUGAGGCUGGGAGUGGCCGGGCCUCUCUCAGGGCCUCCCCGUGAGUUCAGGCCUUCAGCAGGCGGUUGGCAUCCGGCAGGGUUUGUCCAGGGGCGAGUGGCCUGGCCGUGAUGAGCUCCCAGAGCUGGCAAGGCCUGUGGGGAGGGGACGGUCCCCCUCUCAGGGUCCAGGGCAGGCCCGCAGUGGGGGGCACAAGGCCCAUCCUGGUGCCUAGCGACUGCCCCACCCUCAACCUGGGCUUUGGGCUGUUCCUUCCCCUCCUUUCUUCUGCUCAUCCCUCUGCCCCCCACCCCCAUCCCUGUAGUCAUCCUCCGCCCACCCCACCGUCCUGUCCCCCAUCUGUCCCUCACCGUCCGCCAUCUUUCCGCUGCCCCUGACCCUUCCUCAGCUGUUCACGGAGUCCCCCCCCCCAUUCACGGGCUUCAUUCAUUCCCCAUUUAUGGAGGAUUCCCUGUCCCUGCUUCCACCCACUCCUGACCUGAGAUCCUCCCUCCGUGUCCCUCUCCAGGGUGGCCUUGAUUCCUCUUCUGGGGAUGGCCUGGUGCUCUGGGGAUAGUGAUAAUG